CCUCCGCACACCCCGGUCAGCGGCGCGAGGCAGUGGUGUGUGAGGCAGAACCCGCCAAGCUGCUCUCCAGCCCAGCGAAGCAGCCGUUCUUCUUCCCAGGAGGGCGGGCCCUCCAAGCCCCGCCCACUAAGCGUGCCAACGGCCUCCGGACCCGAGCCUGAAAUUCACGCGACUCCCCGCUCCGCCUCGCUCAGCUUUCUCGUCAGGCGGCCGAGCCCGCUCUCGCGAGAUUUCCGUGUGGCGUCCUCGUCGACGGCGACGAGUUGGCCCGUCACUCGGCGUAGGCGGAAGGAAGCGGUUGCUGGUGACUUUGCAAAGAUGAAUACCAGAGGAUUGGGAUCUCAGUUGAAGGAUAACGUUCCAGUUCCUGAUUUUUCAGCUGCUGGAGCAUUUGAAAGCUAUGAUGUGUUGCGUAGAGGCUUUACCAAUGUGAAGAAUGAACUUUUUCCUGCUCAUCCUCUGGAAUUAUCAGAGAAAAAUUUUUCAUUAAGUCAAGAUAAAAUGAACUUUUCUACUCUGAGAAAUAUUCAAGGACUGCAUGCACCACUGAAGUUGCAAAUGGAAUUCAAAGCAGUAAAACAGGUCCAGCGUCUUCCUUUCCUUCAUAGCUCUAACCUGUCACUGGAUAUCUUGAGAGGCAACUAUGACUGCAUUGGUUUUGAGGACAUUCUGAAUGAUCCAGCACAAAGUGAAUUAAUGGGAGAUCCUCAUCUGAUGGCUGAACACAAGCUUGGUUUAUUAUAACGUACACAUACUCCAGACUUUAAAAUGUUUAUUGCCUGUGUCUCUGCAGAUUCAAGUAAACCAUAUUAAAUGGCAGUCGUACAAUGCUUGUGUUGAUACACACAAUCUCUUACCUACCUUGAUGAAAAGGCACAUUAAAUGCUUGAAGUAUAUGACUUUUGUUCUGUGUUUACUGUCAAUAUAAAUGUCUUGUAAUUGGGUAUUUUAAAAUGUCAGGAAAUAAGUCUCAAUAUUCAGGGCUAUCGUUUUGUGUCAGCGGUUGUAGAAGUCUACACAUUAAAAAGUCUCUAGCAACAGGACAUUUUAAAAAUGGUUUUAAGAUAUACGAACCGUUUGCAAUUUAUAACCCAUUUGCUGUCAAAUCUUUGUUCUUGAUGACUUGACAUCUUUUAAAAACAAUAAAAUUUUCUAUAAAUGCU